GUUUCUGCUCACCUCAUUUCUGCAUUCCUCAUAAUCAUACAUAGUGCACACUGUCUGUGCGAGCUGCUGUGUAUGAAUGGGCUUUUAGUGAAGCUUUAUAUGACCUCAGAGCUUCUUUUGGAUUUAUCUUGCGUUUACAUGGUGUCUUUGAGUUCCAUGAAAUCCCACUCUAAAAAUGAAUGCAGAUGUGUGUCCCUACACGCACCAGUUUUUCUCUGAGCAGGAUCUUGACUGAUAGCUGACAGCACAUUUUGUUAACAGAGUUUAGGAGAGCACUUACCUGGUGAAAAUGGCACCAGGGUGGUAAGUGGAUACAAAGUCAUCACAGAAGUGAGAAUAUGCCAAUGUAAUCUGUAGACUACAGACUGCUAACGAGCACAAACUUGCGUGUUUGAUAACUGUGCCUUCCUUCCACAGGCCAGUGGCAGCAGUGCGGUACCCAUUUAACUGCCCUGGUCAGCAUCUUGCCUGGGGGCUAUCCGGGACUUGAGCUGAGCACCCAGCUUUCCCAAGUCUGCACUUUGAGGCAAAUGAGGUUAAAAGAACUUGUUAGGCAUAAAGGAGCAAAACUCCCUUUGGCUGUGAUGUGAGGUUAAAUCCUCGAGGAGCCUCUCCUCCCUGCUUGGUAAUUCGAGCAUUUAUUUGUGAGAUAAGGGAAAGUGUCAGCUCCAGCAGCACCUGAACUCACACUCUGUUUUGUAUGAUUUCUGUGCCCUCUUCAGUUUGCUAAUCAAAACAAGUUUCCACUGUGUGUUUCUUAUCCCCAGAGGGUGGAACUAUACUCAGAAAAUUAAAGCUCUCUUAUCUCUUAAUGUGUCAUCACAACUAAUAGCCUGGGGACUGUAAACAAGUUUAAAUAUCAAAACCACGUGGCUGAUGAUUGUCUGUGAUUGUGGAUUAAGAAUACAAAAUUUGUGCUAGCUGAUAUUGAAGCUAGAUUGAAUAAGAGGAGGCAGAUCCACAGCCAGUAUAAACAGAGGUAUCUCCCCUGAAUUUAGGGGAGGACAGUUGCUUUGCACUAGUUGAGCAACUGACCCUGGCAGCUUUUCAGAAGUGUUCGUUCUUGUUUUUCAAAGCGUCAGAUAAUACCUGACAGCACGUGCUGAUCAGGAGGAGUGCUCCCAGCAGAGCCCAGUCUGUCCUCCCCUCCAUGACUUCCCACGAAUUCGACUUUGGCUGCCUGCACACUCCACUCAGCCUCUUUGGUAACCUCAUAAAUAAUGACUUAGAAGAGAAAGGAUUUAAAAUUACAAAACUUUUUCAAGAGCAAGUCAAGGUGCCAGCACAUCCAAAAGCUGACAGAUAUGUCGAGGUUAUCCUUAAAGGAAGGAUAAAGAAACUGGCCACCAAGAUGGUAAUCACUAGUGGAAAUGAAGAAGAUAAAGGCAGUCAAGAAAAGGAAAGCAAAGAAGAAACCAUCUUGGCAAUGCUUGGAAUUAUUGGGACAAUUCUGAACCUCAUCGUGAUAAUUUUUGUGUAUAUUUACACAACGUUGUAAAUACGAAGGCAUGCAAAUAGACCUGAUAAAACAACCAUUAAGAGUGACGACAAACAUUGCAGACUAUUGACAAGUUGUUUAAUCAGAAUUGACUGUGUAUUAUAUUAACACAUCAUAAAAGUACUGCCUGCAGGCAGCAAAGGCUGAAGCACAAUUAAUUUAACAAGACUUUUUCACACAGUAAAAAGCUUAACUCUUUUGUCCUGCCCUCUUCCUUUUGGUUUGGUUUUUGUUUUGGGGGAAAAUGACUGUGAUUAUGUAAGUUGUAUCCACCAGGGUAUGUUGUUUUAACACGAUUUAAAAAAAAAAAAAAGAGGAAGAGGAAAGAAAGAAACUGUACACUAUAAACAAUUAGAGAUGUAUACUGUAUACUCACGGAGAUUGAACUCAAAGAUAGCAUCAUAUCACAGAUCACAUGUCUGUUAGGUCAAAUGAUUUUUUCCUCUAGAUUUUUGCUUUUACUUACAUUGAAUCUGACAAGGUUUUUAUUUAGAAUGAACAUAUGGUGCAAUCAUAAAAAAAACAAUUCCAUUGAGCAAGGUCUGCCUAAACCUGAUAAAAUGUUGGGAGAAAUACAUUACAUGGUUAUUCUUCCUUUUUCAUUUGCUUAGCAUCUGUGUCUGUUCAUACUAAUGUUUAUAAAUAUAUAUUUUUAAUAAAUGUGCUAUAUUUUUAGCAUGAACCAAAUAUUUGGAGAUGCUUGUAUUCAUGCAGCUAAAUUCUGUUUGAUGAAGUGCCCUUUUUGACAAUGGAUGUUAUUUUUCUCAACAAUUAUACAGCAGUCUUGUUUGUAGCCCUCUCACUGUAGUCUGAAGCAAGCUCACAUCAUGCUCAUAUGCAUGACUUGAAGUUGGAAUGUCAGCUGAAAAGCAUUGCUGCUUAAUAUGGGAAAUAGCAAAACAUUGUAAGGUGACCUUUGCAGACGGGUUGCAGAAAGAAGGCUCUAUUUAUAGUUUAAAAAAAAAAAAAAAAGUAAAUGAAAAAAUAUUGAGGCAUCACAGAAAAUGUUACAAAAUUCACAGAAUUUGUGGCUCUCAGAAUCUAGUCACACUCUCUUCUUAUAUUGAGAGAAGCAAGAAGAGGUUUAUGCAAUUGAAAAAAAGACGUUUAAAGAGCCUGUAGUGAGGGGCUUAAGUGAAAUCCAGACUGUAAAUACGAAGUAUAUUUUAAAUGUGAGGAUAAUUAACCCUUUACAUUUCUAUGAUUUGUACUUUAACUGAAGUUGGUGCAGUGAAAUUUUCUGACUUGUGUUUUUGGCAGGAAUGUACAAUGACGAUCACCAUUUUUCUCCAGAGUUCAGUACCUAUAAAUAUAUGAAGCAUUAAAAAUAUGAGACCUCAAUUCUGCCUCAAGCUGCCUAAGUACAUUUCCCAUUAACUCUGACAUAUCGUCUUAAAAAAUAGGUCAAUUAAUUGUUUACUGACUUGUAGUUUGAAUUGCAUCCUCGUAUGCACAAGGCAGAUUGCCACUGAAGUCAGCUGGAGCUGUAAGAAGUUUGUUCCUAGAGUCUCAUUGAUUUUAGUGAUCAGUCCUGUCUCUCUAGAAUCAAUAAUCAGCUUUUCACUGGUUUCCAGGGGCUACGGCUGGUCACAGAAAUACAGAAUUUCAUUGCAGGAUAUAAAAGCAAGCUCAUAAAACCCCGAGAGGCACCUCUCGUAAACAGAUGUGUUUAGUCUCUUGUGGUAUUGCACAUUCAAACAAAACCAUUAGAAGGGAAAAGGUCAGUAAAUAAAUUAAAAUGAAAUCCAGUGAAGACUGAAAAAAAAAAAAUCUCUUGUUAAUGUAAACAUGACAGGGUAAAAGAGGUGAGAAAAUGAGCAGAAAUUUGAACACACAGAGAACGUCACAGAAAGAGGCUGCCAAGCACGCCAGGGUGGUUGAGGAAACAUUUGUGUUUGGACAGUGCUGGUAGAGCUGCAGGUCUCAGGGAGGGAGAAGAAGAAGCAUUAGUGGCACUGUUCAUUGCAACUGACUAAGGCUGAUCUUGUUUUUUAAUUUAUCAUUAUUUAUUCAUAAUUCUAAGGAAUUAGCAAACUCGUCUUUUUGAUCAUCCUGAAAGAGAAAGAAAAAAGUCUAAAAUAUGUGUGCCUCCUUUCUUCUUCUUUUUUUCUUCUGGUUAAACCGCUGAUGAUCACACCAUGUGGCGAUGGCAUUGGCACUCAUGUCCCAAAGCCUACCUGCAGAUACUCCAGACACCUGGCUAACCCCAGCCUGCCUCUUGUGCUAGCUGGAUCCUCUCUGCAGCUGUUUCUCUCAAACCUCUCCUCCUCCUUCUUCAUCAAACACCAAAGCAACCUGCCUGAGGCUUGUACUCAUCCUCUAAAGGGGAAAGAGCAGUGUCUGAGUCAAGAAAUGAGCUAUGACGCCUGAUGUUUCAUUGCCUCUCUCUGUGCAUCAGAUGAUAAUACCUGUCAUCUUCUCAUGGGCAUGAAGAUGUUUAAUGAAUGAAAUUUCAUUAAGUAAAUGUAUUAAUAUUACCAAUUAAAGCUCUAUGUGUCUAAACAACACAUAACUUCACCACCUCUCUGAAGUAAAGUAGCAGCUUCACUGCUUAUCACAAUUGCACUACUUCAGACAUGGAUCAGCACCUUCACCGAAAUUGGUAGUGCAAAUAGCCCUAACAUGCUUAAACUGAACUGGUGGGUCAAAAGACUAAGACCUGUGUGUUUACUCUACCUCUCCCAACAGAAGAUCCUUUGAGGGAAGAGUUUCCAGCUGUGAGUGUGCUUUACUUUGCCCAUUAGUCUUAGUGUUGUCAGCAGCCGUGUGCUGUAUGCUUUGCCACCGGGCUUUUAUUGCACCCUGCAAUAGGAAGAAAGGUUUAUUGCAUUCCAUUAAAAGUUUAACACUUAAUAUUUUAAUUUUACAAGUUUCUGUUCACAGAUAGUUCUGGAAAUAUCUUGGGGCAAGUACUUCUUAAGUAAAUUCAUUAAGUAUUCAUUUAAAUAAAAAUGAAGAGCUUCCUUUGAGGUCAAUUUCUUUACCUUUUAUUUGGUAUUCAUGAACACUGAUAUGGGAAAAGUAUGUUUUCAAGUAUGACUGUGGAAGGGAAAUGUUUUAUACAAAGAUCUGAAAGUGUGCCUACCCAGACUGCUGCAUGCAGGCCUGCUAUCAGCUGAAUACCAGCUGGAGUCAAAUUACCCUCAUGCUUUUUUAUGUGAGCAGUUUUCAGCAUCCACCUAUAAGAGAUAUUCAACUAGGUAACAUAUAUGUCAUGCAUUCCUUAUAUUCAGUAAUUGCAGUAUAAAUAGUUGAAUAAAAAUUCUCAUUCCAGGUGCUGAAUGGUAAAUCUGUUUUGUCAAGCAAAAAGCUGAUCAUCUCAUUUUUGGCUUGACUUGUAGGUAAUGCAAAUAGUUUCUGAAGUAAAUUUUUUAAAAUAAAAUAUUAUUCCAUUAGUGACAGGAACUUUCAUGUUUGUAUUUGAAUAUUUUAAUAAGAUAUGAAAACAUCACCUUUUUCUUCCAUGAACUAAGAAUACCAUUGCAUUGUUAAAUUACCCUAUGUAGUUUGAGGGUUUGUGUUACGGAAAUGAAAAAUGUUUUCCUGAGGUGACAGGAAGGUGACAUUCCCCUCACUAGUCUCUGGUGUGUUGUCUAGUGGGUACAGAAGACUUUCAAGAAAGAAGAUAAAACUAUUUAAAUCAUGUCAUGCACAACAAAGUGAGAAGAAAGAAGAAAGGCAGGCUAUAGCUCUGAUCUCUGGUUCCUACAGCUGCCACUGAGAAUUAAUCAUCUCAUGAAUCAUGUCUUCACACACAAAUACAUCUUCUUCUGUGCUGGCUGACAGGGCAGUCUUUUCAAUUAUGUACCUUUUGCUCCUUCAUCUUGCACCUCUGCAGCAACAUGCGGCUCGUCGCACCUUAGGACAGGUUUUACAUGUGCCUAGCCUGGAAGGCUUUGGAAGUUGCUGUUUUUGGUAUAUUGUGGAGUAAAGGUCUACUAUGGGGCAGAGUUUUACUAUUUUAAGGACAGAGAUUAAUCAUCUUCAUGUUAUUGUCUGUUAUUCUAGGGAACACUGUGAUGGCUGAAUUCCCAGACCCAUCCCUCCCCUGGCCCACCAGUAAAAUUUGAUUCAGUAAACAUUCAAGUACACAAAAGUUUCAGUUACAUUGUGAUAAAGCUUUAGUAUGAAGCAUUGCUUGAGUCCAAGUGUCUUAUAUUUCCAUUUAAUCUAUACCCUGAAGCUCACCCCAAGUGCCCCAAGGUCUCAUCCAUGUCAGGAGGUGUCAUCGUGUCUGAGUGAGAAUUGAUAUUUCAGAGUGCUUUGUGGCAAAAGCAGAGAAUUUGUCCCAGAGAAGGGAAUGGGAAUAAAAUGUAUCUGAAUUAAAACUCCAGGGAAGUAGCACUGCAGGAUUUUCUAAAUAAAUGGCUUGAAGUUUGGCUGAAGUACUUUGUUUCUGGCAAGCCAGUAUUUUGGAGUAAAAAUAUUAUGGUUCCUUGUAAAGUUUCUGGAAGAAAUAUAUUUAACCGAAAGAAAGAACCUCAUUGAAAAUGUUUCAGCAGCAAUAAUUUCCAGCAGCAAUAAUUUCCAGCAGCAACCUUCCAAAGAAAACAUUGACCAGGCCUCUGAGUGGCUGGCUUGCUUCCUAACAGUACGUUUUGGCAGCUCAGAAGCACACUGCACAUAUAUGUAAGCACCUCAUAUUUACUGAGAGGCUUUGUCAUCUUUGGAGCAGAAUGCCCAGAUUUACAAAGAUUUACAUAUGUAAGGGAUAGUAUAUUAGGCAGUCAACAACAACAACAAAAAAAUGCUGUUCACUUCUAUUUCCAGUAGAGACCCUGCAGACACCCUGCAGAACCUGCACUACUUCCAUGUCUAGCUGUGCAUUUUGGAGGCUCUUCCCAAAGGGUCUUAUAAGUUCAGUGUAGCUUUCCUUCCUCAUCACUGAUCCAAGAGAAACAAAACCUGUUCAGCUUGGAAACCUCCAUGCCAAACUGAAAUCUCACAUGCAUCCAUAUGCAUUUGUCUGCACACGAACCGUCUGGAAUCCGAUAAGACUCUUCUUGUCUUAAGCAUUAGGUUUGCUUAUUUGCGUUUCCCCUGGGGACUCAGAUGGCUGAAAAGCACCUAACUGUUCCCAAUGAUAGAACUUUACAUAAUGUAGUGUAGGCAGGAAAAGGUAGUCAGUGGUUUUCUUUGCAUCCAGUACGCGUUGUUAGCAGCAUUUUUAUAAUAACUUGAUAGUGAUAACAUUAUUUCUGGAGCCCAAAGGAAUUCUGUGGGACAAAGAUUCAGCACUUGGAGUUGUACAUUUUCAAACAAAUGUCAGAGAAGCAUAUGAAAUGUUUGCAUUAACUAAAAGAAGACAAUAUCAGACAUACAAAUUUUCAUCAGACUCAAACUCAAAAGUGAGGCCACACAGCUACCAUUCUUAGACCCCUGCUGACACUGCAAAAUACAUACCAAGCCAUAAUUUAGAUGCUCACUCUUCUAAGACUACACAUGUACAGUACUCAGACUAAGAGGCUAAGUUCCUUUACAGUCAAUAUGCGUAUGAAUAUGUAUUUGCAGCUAUGGGGCAUUAGCUGACAAUUAGCUGUCAAUUCAGCUAUAGAAACAAAGCAGCUAAGCAGACAGGGAAAAAUACUGAAUUUCCUGUACAAUGAGCUAUUUCUCUUUGCCUCAUUGACCUUAUUUUUAGUUGAUCUGUUUUAGACUGUGUGAUUGAUGAGGAUGACGCUAGAGUCUGUCUAAUAUAACAAAUGAAAGAAUCAAAACAGUGGAGGAAUAUUCAGUCUACAUCUCCCAUCAGAACCUAGGCAUUUCCCUAAACUACUUCAAGAAAAUCUCAGUGCUGAAUGUUUUACAUUUUCCUUUAUAUGAUUCAGCAUCAGCCAAUGCACUAACUCAAUAGUAGCUUUAUCACAUUUUUAUUUCAUUGUAUAAUAAUAUUUACGUACAGUUUUACUGAGCUGUGCAAACACUAGCAAAUGGAUUUUGCAUCCUUUGCUGCUUUUUAAGUUUUACAAGCCUCUUUCUAGUAUAUACAGAUCUCUGGUUUUAAAGGCCAAGAGGAGAAACACAACUGCAACCAUAGAGCAACAUACAAUUAUACAAACUUCACUACAGGUUUAGACAGGAAGUGUAUGGCCUUUUACACAAAACUUAUUUCUUGAGCCUGUCCCUGUGGCCAGCCCCAAGUGACCUGGAUACUGUGCUGAGUAUGACAAGCCUACAAGAUUAGGUUCUUUUGAUAUUAGAAAAAAAGAGUUCAUCUGUCAAACUCCUUGAAGCAGUGCAUUGCACCAUAUUUGCGAUUUACAGAGCAAACCGAAAAAUGCGAUGACCAGAGAUGGUGUGAAGGGUGACCUUCCCCUGUGGCACAGCAGCCCUCAGUGCACCCUGACAGAUCCAGUGCCCUUUAUACUUGAUGAAAGGUAAUAAUAGCCAGGCAAUUAAUUUCUGAAAGUUUGAAAUAUCACCAUUAAUAAUGUGCCUAGUUCCAUUGGUGCAAAGACAUACAAUAACACCAGAGCUAUUAGCAAGGCAGUAGCCGAACACUAGCAUCACUUGACAUGGAAACCUCACUAUUGUGGGUAGGUGUUUUAACACCCAGACUUGGGGCUUUCCUCCUGCUGCUGUGGCCUCUUGUUAUCAGAGAUGCUGAGAAAAUGCUUUUUCUAUCCACUGAGCAUUUUUUAUUUUUUGAAAUGUUAUUUGAUCUGAGCUGAAGCAAAACCCUCAGCAGUCAGAGAUUGUCACAGAAAGUCAUUUAGAAAGAAUCGUUUGUUAUAAUUUGGUUUGAUAUGUUUUAAAAUGCUUUGGUUUGGCAGUUUCCCUUUUCUUAAUAGAAAAUUAAUUUCAGACUCAAAAGUUGUUUCAGACUAAAAUCUAAACUAAGUUGCAACAAGCUGUAAUUCUUUGCCUACCUUAUUCCUGAAUUAAUUUUCAUUGACAUCAAAGAAAUUUGGUGGAGAAAAUAACCAAAUCCUUUUAUCAAAUUAUCAUCUUCUCACUGAAAACUACCUGGAUUAC